UCUCCGCUGGCCUAAGUUGAGAACUCUCAAGAUAAUUAAUUGCGGAAGAUUGAAAUAUGUGUUUCCAAUCACUUUGGCUCAAGGACUUCCUUAUUUGGAAUCUGUUGAGAUAAAUUAUUGUUCUCAACUAAAGCAGGUCUUCAAUAUGACAGAGGACAAGGGUGGGCGUCCACUACAAGACAUUGUGCUACAGAGAUUGCAAAUUUUAAGGCUUAAAUAUUUAGAGAAGUUGAGUAGUUUUUGUCCAGAAAAUUUUGUCAUGUCAUUAUCUUUGAAGGAGUUCGAAGUUAGCAGUUGUCCCCAAUUAACUGAGUUUAAGACGUUGCAGGCCAAUUUAAAGGAUUUCAAGGAAUUGUUAUGCAAUGUCAGAAUACUUACCAUGGAUGGAAUCAUGUAUCACAAAAAUCUCAUUCCAAGCGUAGAUCCACAGGGACUAAAUGAAUUAACUUUUCUUACACUUAGAGAUGAUAAAGCGCUGGAAUGCUUGAUUGAUACAACAGAUCAAGGCCAUGUCUCAACCGUUCCACUGCUGCCAAAUUUAACAAGUUUGAAGCUAAAGUCAUUACCAGAACUGAAGUGGAUAUGGAAAGGGCCAAGCCAUCAUGUCUGCCUCCAAAGCCUCGAGGUUGCAGUAAUUAGUCGCUGCAAUAAAUUGAAAUAUCUCUUCUCACAAUCACUUGUUCAAAGCUUGGUGAUGCUAGAACAACUCAAGAUAGAGUACUGCGAUGAACUGGAACAUAUUGCCACUGAGUUGGAAAUUGAUGAUAAUAUAAAAUCAGACAGUGGCUUUCUCCAUUCUCCGCCCUUGCCAAAAUUGACAUCUCUUGAAAUACAUGGUUGUCCAAGACUACAAUAUGUCUUCAACGUGGCAAAAGAAAAUAAUGGAGUUGACAAUGCCAUUCUGCCACCAUCAUUGGAGAAGUUAACCAUAGUGGUUUGUCCUCGAUUUGCAAAGUUCAUUAUUCAACAAGUAGUCCACAAACGGCUUCAACUAAAGGUAAUUUUGUACUCCUUUCCUUACAUUAUGGUUUGAGAUUUUACCUUUGGCCCAAAUCUUUUCUAUACUCAU